CAAGGAGAAACAUCAGAGUGAAGUCGAGGACAGAAGAAAUCCCCAGAUAGCAAGAAUGCAGCGGAGUCCGUUUCUGCUCGUCCUGGUGGGUCAGUGUUCCCUGUUGACUUGUCAACUCUAUGAGUACCACUUUAAUGAGGAGGGAAAGACCUGGGACGAGGCGCAGAGUUUCUGCAGAGAAAAAUACACCGACCUAGCCACGGUGACUAACAUGACAGACGCGACGAGACUCUUGGGUUCGCGGGAGAAUCCCGCCGAAGCCUGGAUUGGGUUGUACAGUGACCCAGAAACAUGCAACAAGACGUGGCACUGGUCUCUUCCAGGGGUGGAGUUCCACGAUAACGAGACACAAUGGAAUAGUGGGGAACCAAAUAACAAAGAUAAUGAGGAGAACUGUGGGUUUAUGAGGAGAAAUCUUAGAUGGGGAGAUAUAUCUUGUCUUAAGUCCAGUGAUUUCAUCUGCUACAAUGAUAGAGUGGUCCUGAUCAACGAGAGCAAGACCUGGGAGGAGGCCUUAGUUUACUGCAGAGAGAAGCACUACGAUCUGGUCACCAUCACUAACCUUGACGAGCAGAGAUGGGUCCAAGACAGAGCCAAGAAGGCCAACAGUCCCUACGUCUGGUUGGGACUGCGCUACACCUGCACUCUGCAAUUUUGGUUCUGGGUCAGUGACGUGGCAGUCACCUAUAAGAACUGGGACUCACAUGGAGAGACCGAUGACUGUGACAUGUCUGGGGCCAUGGACAGAGGAGGGGAACAUAAGUGGAUCAAGAAAUUGGACAAUGAGAACUUUAACUUCAUCUGUUCUAAGUUUAAGCCCACGCCACACUCUAAGAUUUAAUGUUCAUUUCCUCACUUUGUACUUUUUGACGAGAUUUAUAUGAUUAUGUCGUCUGGGUUUAUUAACAUGUGAGAAUC